AUGAACCCCGUCAACACCAAGCCGUACCACCUCCCCGCCGACGCCACCUGGCUGGUCACCGGCUGCUCCAGCGGCAUCGGCCGCGAGAUCGCCAUCCUAGUCGCCAGCAACCCCAAGCAGCGCCUCAUCGCCACGGCCCGCAACCCCUCCACCCUCUCCUACCUCCCCGAGACCCCCAACAUCCUCAAGGUCGCCCUAGACGUCGACUCGCCGGCCUCGGUGGACGCCGCCUUCGCCGCCGCAGCCACCCACUUCGGGCCCACCUUCACGCUCGACGUGGUCGUCAACAACGCCGGCUACUCGCUCGCCGGCGACACCGAAGCCGUCAGCGAGGCCGAGAUGCACGCACAGCUGGAAACCAACUUCUUCGGCCUGGUGCGCGUGACGCUGCGCGCGCUGGCACUCAUGCGGCAGGCCCAGCCGCGCGGGGGUCUCAUCUUCAACAUCUCCUCGCUCGCCGGCGUAUGCGGGUUCCCGGGACACGCCUUCUACCACGCCAGCAAGUGGGCGGUGGAGGGGUGGACGGAGUCGGUCGCGCGCGAGAUGCACCCGGACUGGAACAUCAGCUUCUGCCUCGUCGAGCCGGCGGCCGUCAAGACGAACUUCGAGACCAGCAGCAAGAAGGUCAUUACGCCGCACCCGGCGUAUGCGGACGCGGGCAUGCCCUCGCGCAUGCUGGAUGCCUUUGUCGAGCAGAAUCUUGCGAGCGGCGCUGGGCUUGACGCGGCGGAUUUGGCGCACUUGCUGGUCCGGAUUGCGUCGCGCGGCGAGAAGGUGCCGAUCUUUUUGCCUGUUAGUGCGACGGCGACGGCGCUGGUUACCGGGGCGCUGCGCGCGAGGUUGGCGGUGGUGGAGGAGGUGAGGGAGUUGAGUGCCGUGGACAAGGACAAGGCGCAGUUUGAUUUGGAGGGGCUUUCGAAGUAG